CCCCCUCCCCAAAAUGCUGAGCACACAUCUCCAAGUGAAACGUACGCUUAGCAUAUCUUAAACUUGGACCCACAAAGCAGCUAGGAGCCGUCAAUAUCCACUUCUGGUUUGAUUUACUUGCAGAAAGACCCCCCAGAAAAGGCAGCAGGAGAAUUAGAAGUCUGUCUUGACUCUUGAACUUAAGUUUAGAUCAUCAGCAAGCAUUGCAGAAAGCAGGAUGCUGUGAGAUUCCUGAGCUUCUUGAUGAAUUGGCGUCAGAUGUCCAGGUCUCUGUUCCUGCUCUGUCCAUUAUUACAUAGGAAUUAACAAAAUAAAUGUUUGUGUGAUCAUUAAAUUAGUCAUAACCACAAGAAUUUAUUCAGUCGCCUAAUGCAAAAAUACAGCAAGCAGAGAAGUCUGGCUCCUCCUGUGGCGUAGCUGUAAUGCAUCUCUUCAUGCUUCAGUGUCUAAAAAGCCUUCAUUCUCUGGUCGUGCCUUAAUGUGCUGCCUCAUCGCUGUAGCUUGUAUGUGAUAAUUUUGCUCCUGUAUUUUUGUAGCUUUUGUCUUUCAGAGAAGCUUGAACGGAAGGCUAAUCAGCGUAAUUUUUAAUUGUUAAUUUGGCUCACUCUCUGAAGCUGAUUAGAUGACCUUGCCAAGGAAUCAGUGGGGAAUUGUUAGAGCGAAGCGAGCUAGCUCAGUGAACUGCCAGCACUCUGGCGCGGUGCCACCCUUGCUAUUUAUAGACUUGUAAGAAGAGUCAAGCACUGAAGACAGCUCCUGAUUUGAGUACCAGAUGACUCGCACACUGACCUGAAGCAGAGUUACUGCCCGGGAGCUGCAGAAGUCUGAUGAGCAGAACUCCGUUUUUCAAGUCAUUCAGUGCUAGUUUCUUUCUCAUCCGCUUAUUUAAAGCCGCCUGCAAUUCCUGCAUUUCCCGAUCAUUGGUGUAUCCUUAUGACUUUAGACUAACAGAGAAAGAGAAAACUAGUAUCUGCUACUUGUCCUUCCCAGACUCCUACUCAGGUGGCCUGGGGGAUACUCAAUUUAGCUUCCGCCUUCGUCAGUCUGGGGGACAGAGGACCACUCAUUACGAGGAUGAUGGCGAGUACAAUAGAGAAGCACCCCUAACGCUGCAGCGGGAGUCAGCUCAUUACUUUGGUUAUGUGUACUUCAGGCAAGUCAAGGACAGCUCGAUGAAGAGAGGUUAUUUUCAGAAGUCUUUGGUGCUGGUGUCACGCCUUCCAUAUGUGAACUUGUUCCAGUCAUUGCUGCAGCUGAUUGCUCCGGAAUAUUUUGACAAGCUGGAGCCAUGCCUGGAGGCAGUGUGCAAUGAGAUUGAUCAGUUGCCACCUCCUGUGCCAGGACAGACUCUGAACCUUCCAGUGAUGGGAGUUGUCAUUCAGGUGAGAAUCCCAUCGAGGGUGGAUAAGCCAGGAUCAAGCCCAGUGAAGCAGUUCAAUCAAGAGAAUCUGCUACCAGCCCCACUGGUACUCCCCAGUAUUCAUGAACUGGAUCUCUUCAGGUGUUUCCAGCCAGUGCUAAUUCACAUCCAGAUGUUAUGGGAGCUGAUGUUACUGGGAGAGCCAAUUGUUGUAAUGGCACCAUCCCCUACAGUUUCUUCAGAAAUGGUUCUGGCACUUACCAGCUGCCUUGCUCCUCUGAGGUACUGUUGUGACUACCGCCCCUAUUUUACUAUCCACGACAGUGAAUUUAAAGAGUAUACCACCAGGACACAAGCUCCGCCAAACAUUGUUGUGGGAGUCACAAACCCUUUCUUUAUCAAAACUCUUCAGCACUGGCCACACAUUCUUCGGGUUGGGGAGCUCAGAAUGUCAGGAGACCUGCCCAAGCAAGUUAAGGUGAAGAAGCUAGCUAAACUAAAAACUCUAGACACAAAACCAGGAAUCUAUACUUCUUAUAAAACAUUUCUUCACAAAGACAAAACCCUGAUAAAAAGAUUACUAAAGGGGAUUCAGCGGAAACGCCCAUCUGAAGUCCAAAGUGCCCUUUUGAGGCGUCACCUUCUGGAGCUCACCCAGAGCUUCAUUAUUCCCCUGGAGCAUUAUAUUGCAAGUCUGAUGCCUCUGCAGAGGGCCAUUACUCCGUGGAAGAAUCCUCCACAGAUUCGUCCUUUCCGUCAGGAAGAUUUCAUGAAGACCCUUGAGCAUGCUGGUCCCCAACUUACCUGUGUACUUAAGGGUGACUGGUUAGGCCUCUACAGGCGUUUCUUCAAGUCUCCCAACUUUGAUGGCUGGUACCGUCAGAGGCACAAGGAAAUGACCCAGAAGCUGGAGGCCCUUCAUUUGGAGGCAAUCUGUGAAGCGAACAUUGUGGCCUGGAUGAAGGACAAGUCUGAGGUGGAGAUUGUAGACCUGGUGCUAAAACUUCGUGAGAAGCUGGUAAGAGCCAGGUGCCAGCACCUCCCUGUGAAGGAGGAAACUCUGCAGCGGGUGGGCCUGUAUAUCGAGACCAUCAUUGGCUCCUUGCCGGAGGAUCUCCAGACUGUGCUGCACCACCACUGAGCACGGUGAAGGGACUCUGUUGGAGAAGGAGGGGCCCUCCCACCCUGCUCCGAGCUGUGGGCAGCUGCAGUUGCAUUUGGAAAGGAAAGUUCUUCCCCGAUCCAGCCAACGUGACCCGAUGUGGACCGUGCUCACAACUGUGUAUGAUUUUGAGUACGUGAGCAUGGGGUGGGUCAGAACUGUAGCAGAAAUGGGGAACCGUGUGCACUAUUCUCUGUCUAGUCCUGCUUUGAGGAGCUGGAUUAGGGGACUGUAAAUGAGAAACUGUUCCCUGUGUGGCUGUUAGUAGGUCAGAAAGUGGCAGCCAGGCUUCCAGCAGCAUGUGAUAGGCUGUGCAAAACGUGUGUUGCCCAUAUAUACACAUCCAUCUUUGUCUAGUGCUUGGGCUCUCAAAAUUUCAAUGCCGUCAUCCUGCCUGGAAGAAGCAGGACCAGCCCUGUGGGGGGGAGUUGUUUUCAGGAGAGCUCCUGAUGAUAAUGAGAGAGAUGCUAGUCCCCCAUGUACAAAUGAUGUGAAAAAAUUGUCACUGCCCAUUCAGCAGCCUGACUCAUGCCGGCAAGAGCUUCAGCUGUGAUGGGAGUGGGAGGAUGAAUUGCUGGACGUGGAAUGCUGCUGUUUUUUCCCCAAGGCAGAGACAGAGUAGAAGGGGCUGGUGCAUCUGCAAGGAACAGAGCUCUCCAGAGAUCACGGCUGGGUGAUGUGUGAAUGGGAAUAGCUACUGGAGCUCCACAGAGAGGAGCUGGCCUCCAAAUGUAAUUUAUUCUGCUUGAAAAAUCAAGUUUGUGUGCUCUAAUAAUGUACAAGACAGCUGGAGCUCUGCCUUGGGCAAUGAGACAUCUAAUGUGGUCAGCUCACUUGCCGAUAAAACAUGUUGGGGAAUCUGAUUUUUACAGCCUGUGUCAGCCUUGCCAAGUGGGAGCUCACGGAGUGGCCCUCGCGUGGGUGCGAGGGCCCCGCUGUGAGAGGUGCGUGCUCGCCCUGUGCUGGGGUCAGUGGGGAGCAGCACCUCCAGCUCUCACCACAACUUGUUCUUACCACAGCCCAGUUUCCAGCUCGGUCAUUCUGCUCCCGUUCACCUCUUGGGAAAGAGAGACACGUGUGUGUGCUUCUAGGAUGAAUGUAGGAAAGACUUGAGGCUCUGCUACCGGCUUUGGAGGCAGUUGCCCGCUGAGAGAGCAGUCUUUCUGCCCGCUGCCUUGGAAAUGGAUUUACUGUAACCCCAGGGUUGAUUGCUGCUGCUGUAACUGCAUUUCACCAUCUGCCACUCUGGCCAGGGCCUGAAUGUUUGCCUUAAGAAUGGUUUUCAGAUGGGUCUGGCAGCCUGAUGCGCUCCUGUUCUGUAAGAAGCCCCGGAGCGUACCUUCGCACGUGGCAGGAGAGUUCGGCAUUUCAGCCGAGACCGGCACAAAGCUGUCGGCAGCGCCCAGAGCUCAUGGGGUGGAAGCUGUGCUGUUUCACUAGCAGUCUCUGCCCGUUGCCGCACUGCCUCGGGGCUGGGUCAGUGAGUCUCAGAGGUGGCUGAACCCUUCCUGCGUUUUCCCCUCCAGAGCCAGGCAUGGACAGUGCAGGAACAGCGGGAGGCUGCUCGGUUUCCCGCCGCCUCCAGCCUGGAAGCGGCCAAGCGAGGAGACACGGCCAUACCUCCCCGUAGCAAUGAAUUCUGUACAAUACUCCUUAGUGGCAGCCCUGCCUGUACAGUGUAUAUUCUGUAUAUAGCGUUCGUGUGUGCGUCUGUGCAAUAGCUCUGCAGUGACUGUGGUGGACCGAAGCUCUAAUGUAUAGUAGAAAAUACUAGUUUAAAAAAAAAACUUAAGCCAAGCUUGUCUCCUG